UGUCACAAUCAGCUGGCGAGCACGCAUGCAGACCGGCACUUUCGGACACCGGUAACCAGGGUGUCCGGGGGUCAAAAAUGAUGACCAGAGGCCGGGGGAGACUUUUCGAGCAUAAUUUUUGACCACGCCGUCGAUUGGCUGGGGCCCCCCGAGCGCGCCACGUGACCUGUUCGGGGGAUCUUGAUUGGACAUUUACCAGAGCCCCUCGACUCAACCUCUACGUCACAGGUUCCUUUGGUCACGUGACCGCCCCCCGAGCGGCCAUCUUGGCAGUUUUCUCCUGUUUAGCAGGGGUUAGUGACGUCGAGCAGGUCGGUGCAUGAUAUAUCUCGAGCACUACGUUAUUGUCACACCCGGUCAUGACCCUAUAGGCCUAUGAGCCUCAGUUGAUGCUAGGUAUCUGGGCACAUUUCUCUUGAAUUUGAUUUGUGAUGGAAGCUGUAAUGAUGCCAAGUGGCGAGACAGCUUUAAGCAAGUCAGACAAUGCAGAUGACGCUUCUGCUCAAGUACACAGUAACGGGGAAGCAAAUGGCGCCGGCAGUGAUGGUGACAGUCCACCGCCUGCCAAGAAGUCCAAAAUCAGUGCCUCGGGAGAAGUUGGCAAAAAGCCGCCAAUUUUAGUUGAACUAGGCCUGGACCCUUUGCCAGUGGACAAUGGAGACGAAGAAAUAGACAGUGAAGAUGGGGAGGAUGAAAACGGCGAUGAGCACCUUAAUGGUGAAGACUUAGAUAAUGACAGUGUGUGUGAGUUGGAGGGUGACCACGAGGACGACCUUAAUGGUGGUGAAGAGGAUCCAGAAGAAGCCGAGGAUGAAGAGGAUGAUGAUGAAAUCCAAGAAGUUGACAAUAAUGAAGAAAUCCAAGAAAUAGAUGAUGACGAAGAUGGAGACGUACAAGAAGUCAACGAAGAUGGCGACCCUAUAGAUAGCAAUGAUGAUCAUCCUCAAGCUGGUGAUGAGUCCAACGAGGCGUCCAAUGACACAACGCCAACUAAAGCUGAUACUAAAAAUGACCAUUCUGACGCCAGCAAUCAGGAAGCUUUGAACUUAACACCCAGGAGAAGCAACAGAAAUGUUCAUAGGUCCAAACGGUAUACGGACGGAGCAGAAGCUAAUUCUGGAGAGUCUGAUAUAGAGGAAAUUGAACCGCAAGAUCCUCUUGCUGUGAAUACGCCUGGGAAAAAAGUAGCUGCUGGUGGCGAUCCUCUAUCGUCAAAUUUAGCCGACAAAAUUCCUAAAAAGAACACAAUAAUUGUAAGCGACACCAAGGCACUUGCCAAGAUUGCUGCCAGCAGUCGAGAAGGCAAAAAGGAGCCUACUCUGGUCAUAAUUGAUACAAAUUCCAUCCUCUCCGGCAGAGGUCCAGUUCCUCUGACUUCAAAUCAGUCUAAUUCCAACUCAGCCACGCAUACUGCUCAGGGAUAUCCGCUAGUGACAUCCAAAUCAAAGCCAGGGACUCCGCCACCAGUUGCUGCGGGCAAACAGCAAAAAGCCCCAGCUGGCUUGACAGAUGAUAUGUAUGUCGUGGAGGCUCCAUCUUUUAUUGUCCCCUAUGUCUAUGAGAAGCCUGCUAAAGAGCCUCUUAAAGAGACUGUUGAGAAACUAAGUGAGGCAGUCAAAGAAAAGGAGCGCAAGGAAAGAGAGGAAGCAAGAAAGAAAAGGCACGAAGAAAAGGAAAGAAGGAAAAGGGAACGGGAAAAACGAGCAGAAAAGAAGGCCCAGGAAAAAGCUGAGCUGGAGGCUACAGGGGAAGAUGGCAAACUGGACCCUAAUGAUACUGAUUACACGGACGAAGAGAUUGACGAUGAUUCAGACAGUGAUCUGAGUGAUGCUAAAGGUCCAGCGCCAAAGCCCACUUCUUACUUUGAAAGCCCACUUGGCAAAUUCUUCAUGAAUAUUGGCAUAAAUUUAGUCCAGGAAUUUGUACAGACAGAUUUGCUGAAAAUGACUAAGCGUAAACUCAACAAGGGCAGUGCUAAUUCAGCUGAGAACCAGGUGGCUGUGCAAUCAUUGCUAAAGAACCUUGAGCAGAGCAAGGAGAACAACAAGCCAUACAAGUUUGAAAUGAAGCAGUGCAAGUUCUGCAACUUUAAGACCGAAUCGGAUGUUGUAUUGGAGCACCAUUUGGAGAUUCCGCACUUCAAGAACUUUGUCUAUUGCUGCAAUUUCUGCCCUGUCACAAUGCGCACCAAUCAGGACAUGCUCAUACACAUGCAAACCGAACACAAGAAGAGUGGCCGUAUGGAGCGGGCUCCAUCCUUCCACCAAUGCCCCAAUUGCCCCUUCGAGGACAAUCAGAAGAGCAAGAUCACUCGACAUAUGAUUUCGUGUCAAAAGAGAUUCCGACCUGAAAAGAACUUGGAGCCACCUCUUGAUUGGGAACCCCCUGCAAAAAUUCCUCGUGUCCCAAAACAAAGACAAAUGUUGCCUGUAAAUACCAUGGGACAGUACGCAAAUGCUCGAAUGCCGACACAGUUGGUGCAACAUCCUCUGCUGCCUAAACUUUCAGGAGCCAACUUAGUCCCGAACAUUCUAGCCAACGUUCGAGGUAAAGGACGUCCUGCAAUGGGUUCAAGAUACUUGCCCGAUUUGAAGGCUAUGCCAAAGGCGAUCACUCCUUCUCAGUUACGUCAAGCUGGAAAUCUUUAUAACCAGAAGAUGAUGGUGCCCAAUCCCUACCAGCUAUCUGGAAAUCAAAUGUACCAGCGCUGGCAACAGCAGCAAAGUCAAGUCCUGCCUGCUCAGCUCAAGAGUAUCAUGCAGGGAGGUACCAGUGUUCCUUUAGGACUUACUUCUGGCUCAUUAACAAUUCAAACUACUAACAAGUCUCCUACGGCUAAGUUGCUCCAGCAACCCAGCAUAUCAAUCACUCCUCUGCCUCGACAGACAAAUGCAUCUUCUUGUGCUUCGUCCAGUCCCGCAGCCAACCAGAUGGCUAAGCCUGGUCAACAGGGUGGCAAAAAUUCAUUUGUUAUCUGUGAAAUAUGCGACGGUUACAUUAAGGAUCUUGAACAGUUACGAAACCAUAUGCAGUGGAUCCACAAGGUCAAGAUCCAUCCAAAAAUGAUCUACAACAGACCUCCACUGAAUUGCCAAAAGUGCCAGUUCCGCUUUUUCACUGAUCAGGGUUUAGAAAGACAUUUGCUCGGUUCUCACGGCCUCGUUACGUCUAGUAUGCAAGAAGCUUCCAACAAAGGCAAAGACGGUGGCCGCUGUCCUGUGUGUGGCAGGGUUUAUCAAUGGAAACUUCUAAAUCACGUGGCAAAGGAUCAUAACAUGACGCUUAAGCCAGCCCAUUUGUCAUACAAAUGCACUGUGUGCACGGCCACCUUUGGCAUGUACAAGCAGUUUGAGAACCACGUGUAUUCCGCCCAUAGUGUUGUGGCCAAGCGGGUGAUGGACAAGAAGACUUCUGGACCGCCUGCUCGCCCAACAAAUUCCGACUCCCUUUUAAAGCCCUUGAAGAUCAAUGACGAGAUCACCAUCAUACCUCAACCAGCCAAGGCACCAAUGACGGGACGUGGUGGAGCUCAGAAAAAGGUUAGAUGCGAGGCUGACGACUCCGGCUCCGAGAACUCAAUGUAAAAUGAAAGACCACAGCACCCUGCGCAAGGACGGCGGGGCAGCUAAAAGCCCUCUUAUUUAAGCCUUUCGACAGCAAGAAAACCAUGUCAUGUCACUCACUUUUGUAAGUGGACUCUAUUUUUGUGCAAAGUGAUAUAAAAAUAAGGGCAGAAAAGAAUGAAAGAGCAAGAAAAUGCGUGCAUAUUUGGUGGCUAAACCUGUUAGGUAUAGUUGCGUUUUGCAGUGCUAUUAAACUGGAUCAAGGCACUUUUACUUAAUUAUUCAAUCCUUUUGCCCUAAUUUAAGACCCCUGAUGGGCUUGGUUGGGGCUGCAAAAAUAUGCAACUGAUUUUCUAGCCUUUCUUCUCUUCUAACGAACAAGUGAAUUUUGUAUCGGAAAAGAAAUGCAGGGAAAGAUGAAUGAUGUGCGUGUAUAUUGAACUCAGAUGUGCGAGGAUAUCUCCUGAUAUAUUAUGCUGAUCCGUUGAGUUUGGCUGAUCACUCAAUUAGACUGAAAGUGCAUUCAGCUAUAGACGGCUACAUCCAAACCAAUUUUUUGUUUUUCUACGUCUGGUCUAAAGAAAAUGUAUUGCAAAUGUGAUUCUGUUUCCAUUUAAAUGGCUGCAAUUGGAUCAGGAGAAUGAGAGAUCAGGGGAACAUGUAAUUUAUUGUGUUUUUCUUACAACGUGGCAAACUGAAACUAAAGCAUUAGUAGAUGGAAACCAGCGAAUUUUAUUUUUUGUCUUUUUGGUUAAUUUUUACACAUCUUGAAAGAAAUCAUUCAUGCAAUUCAUUUUUAACUCUACAUUCUCCAUGUUCAUUUUAGAUUCUUGCAAAAUAUUUAUUGUCUUUGAAAUAAAACUUAAUUCUUUUCUUUAAAAAAAUCAACUCUGUAUUCAAUAGUAAAAAAAUUUGAAUUGUAUUUGGUUAAUAAAGGGAUUACAUAAUAAUAACGUAAAAA